AUGGGAGAGGUAGAUUUGAAUGUAGAAAUACAAGAAAUGGUUAAAAACAAUGCAGAAUAUUUUCGCCGACUUCAUUUAGAGCGAAAAGCUUUAGCCAUUGCUAAAGUUCCAUCAUAUUGGGAAAAUGAAAAAAUUCCUCCAAACAUUAUCGGCCCAGCAGCCAAUUUUUUCAACAACCCUCCUCUUAUAAUCAACUAUGUCAUUAACAAUUCUCGACCAAAAUCAAUUGCUCGUUCAAAUCCAAAUACACAGUUGUUUGUUUUCGACAAGAAUUUAUCAGAUGAGCUCUAUUCUCGACCAUUAGAUGAAAUUUUAGCGCAAUCAGCACCACUCGUUUCAAUUCUUUCUUUAGCAGAUGUUCACGCUUUUAAAGAUAUCAGAUUAACUUAUUCUUUACCAACAUUUCAAUACGUUCCUUUCACAAUAUCUUUCGAAAGUUUAAUGUGCAAAUUUAAAAUAAUUGAACCGCUUUAUUUUACCUUAUUUUUAUUUGAUGAUACAACAUUUGAACAAAUAUCAGAAACUUACAUAUAUCCAUGCAACAAUGACACUUGCUUUUUGGAUACAAUACCUGUUCCAAGCCCAGUCUUUAAUAUUCCUGUAGAUAAAACAAGUUCUGUUAAAAUUAUCGUUUGCCUUACAAGAUUGCUUCAUAAAGAUGGUGGUGAGGACUUUGAUAAUUACUACCUCAAUCCUUCAGGCGUUUCAACUGAUAAACUUCACGAAAUUUGUUUGAAUAUCAAUCAUAAGAACAUUUUCUCGAUUUUUGGCUUUUCUGAGAUCUCCCUUCCACAAGUUAUUGCUGGUAAUACACUUGAACUUACGAAAUUCAUCAAAACAUCAACAGUUAGCGUUUCAUUUUUAGAAAAUUAUUUCAGAUAUCCACUUGAAAACGAACAAACCUUCCCAAUAAGCGUCAAACUGAAAAUUACAAAGGUUCCUUACCAGCAAAAGGGCAUGUAUCCGUACGAAUAUUACACAAACCACGUAAAUAUCAGUUUACAUAACUCUUUCUUCACUUUUCCACCGGGAAUGCGCGGUAGAAACCUUUAUUGUAUAGUACAGGUUGUCCAUAACGGUUCAGUUUUCUCAGAAUAUAAAAGUUUUUGCCAAUAUCACGUUGAAAACCCACAGUUCUUCGAUUCCUUUAAGUUACAGUUACCUCCUGACCUCAACAAUGACUCAGAACUCGUUUUCAAGUUCUUCCAUGCCGUAGUUAAAGGAGAAGUUAAAGAUAGAUCUCAAGAUUCAGGAACAGCAUCGAUAAAACUGUUCAAUAAUGGUCUAUUCUUGGGAGAUGGACGUCAUACAGUUGGUAUUUCUUACGAUGGAACCCCGGUUAAGCCUACAGAAACAAAUUGUUUCACAUUUUCAACAGUUUUGAAUUCUAUCGUAUAUACAAACUCAAAGACAUGCCAAUCCAUCUUCAGCGGUAACUACAAUGAGAUCGUUCUCCCCGGAUUGAACGAAAUUCUCCCUAUUGUCUAUGUUAUUACGGACAACCUCCUUGAAAACAUCAAAGAAGGCAAGAAGGGAGCAUUCAAGAUGUUCCUGAAGCUCCUAAAGCUCUUUCCAAAGGAGAGAUCUACGAAUUUUAUGCUUUACUAUGUCCGAAAUCUCGCUUUGAGAGGAAUGACGGACUUCUCGUCGAUGUUUAUAAAGACCUGGAUCAAAUAUACGGAGCAUUCUUUCUCUACAAAACGAUCAGAUCUUCAUUAUUCGUGGAUACUCUUUGAACUCCUCGUUAAAUCGCUUGCCAUUGACAAGCCACAUACGAAGCUCCUCUUAGAACUCCUCUACAAGCUUACUUCGUAUUUCCCUCAAUUCAGAGAUGCACAACAGAACGUUGGCCUUGACUUGAACAAGUCUUUUUCGAUAUUUGAGCGCGAUAUCUUUGAGUUUGUCGAUAAAAAUAUCGUAAUUACGAUAGUUUCGCAUCAUCUCAAAUCAUUAGACGUUUCGCAGCCAUACGAUGCCUCUCUUUUCAAGAAUUUCUUCCAGAACUUCUUCACUCCGAGGACAUUUACCCUUUUCUGCCUUCCUUUGAAAAAUGGCGAUACAUUAUUGAACCAAGUCAUCCUUCCUCACCUCAGAGCUCUUGAUCCCUCGAAGCCCAUUAUCGAGGAGGUCUUCAAGCACAUAUUCUCCAUGCUCCUUACCUUCGAACCCGAGGAACAAUUACUAUUAACAACAGGAAUGGUUCCUCUCCUUGAAAUUGUCGGCAACAUGACUAACAUGACGCGCCACAAGAUCAUUUACUCACUCACCGUUUGUAUCUUUAUCGUGUACAACGUAGAAAUCAAAGAAUUUAACGAUAAAGUUGCAAAUUUUGCCGAAUUAAUUUUGAGGUGUUCGAUAGUGAACACAGAAACAGCUGUUAGCGAGGAUAACGAUGAAGAAGACUCCAUGAGACAAUGGCGAUCUCGAAAAGGCUCCAUAUUCAGUAUUCCUGCCGAUUUCGAAUGGGAUGCAUUGUCAUUUUGUUCUCAAGCAAUUUGUAUCAAAUGGUGCAGCCAAUUUUCCAAUUUGAAGAUCUUCAAUUCCAUAUUAGUUCCUUUCUCAGACGUGAUACUUGCUUUGUCAUUGCAAUCCCACUAUUUCAGGUUGUUGGAUGAAUUCGCACAGAACCAUUUCGAUUUGAUUUUCUCUCCUGAAUCAAAUCUGAAACACGUUGUAAGAUGCAUAAUUUCAACGCCAACAAAGAAAGGAAUUAACUACUUGUGUUCAUUAUAUCAGUUGGAACAGAAUAAGCUUGGAAACAACCAUAUAAUGAACGCUUUGACUGCAAGAGCUUUGUAUUUGUGUCCUCCUUUCAACGGCGUUGUUGAUUUAUUUACAGGAACUCCUUUCGAAGAAAUCGUAAGGAAUUUCAACAAAUCAAUCAAUGUUUUGUCAACAACAAUGAAGGAUGCAACAGCAAGGAUAGAAGCAAGAGAAACAAUUGCUAAUCUAAUCGCUCAUUCACCUGAUGCAAGAGUUAAAGCUCUUUUAUCUCUGUCAGAUGAAUUCGAAGCAUUUGAUUUGGAUUACGAAGCAACAAUGGCCGUGAUACAAGCAAUGGGAUUAGUCGCUUAUUACACGAAAGACGUGUUUAAGAACGCUAUAGAUGUUCUUGAGAAAAUCACGCCUUCAAUAAGAAUGGAAGAGAGUAAUUACAUCAAAGAAAAUAUCAGAGGAAUCGCAAAUUCUGAAUAUUUCUGCGCUUUCGGUUUCAUAAAAUUGGCAAAUUUGGCUCUUCAUUUGUCAACGAAAGUCCAGAGGUUGCAUUUGAAAUUGUCCAACGCUCUCAUACCUUUAUAUAUUGAGAAUGGUCUAUACAAGGAAUUGUCACAGAUAUUGACAAAUUCAAUCAAAGACAAUUCAAUAGAAACUCCAAUUUACCAACUCAAUAUUUCUGACUUCUUUUACAUAAAAAGUGACAACUUCGACCUAAUUGUCCACCUCACAAAUCCUUACCCUAGCGAAGCAGCAUUAGCCAUCAUCAGAGAGAUCUUCAAGAUCCAUAUUUUAGAGAUAUACAUAAGAGCCCUCAAACAAGAAAAUCCAACAACAUUUUAUUUUUAUCUUUCCUUCAAAGAGAAGGUUUACUUGAAGACUGCACAUCCAAUGCCAUCAUACAAGAUAUCUACACCUGUUAAAUCCAUCGAAAAAGUUACAUUAUCAGAUUCAGAGUCACAGAUCUUGAAUUUGAAGAUGAAAUCAGCACAAAUCGAUGAUUUGGUCAAACAGAAAGACUUCUUGAAGCUCCAGAAGUUGUUACAAGAAGUAUUAUAUCCUGAUCCAAGAAAAUCUCUCAAAGUUGUUGAUGAAUUCGAUAAAUCCAUACAUAAUGCUGUCAUUGCUCACGGUAUUUGGGGUGCUGAUAACCCUGAAAGCAUCGAAAAGCAAUUUAUGUACGAAGCAAUCCUCAAAAACUCUGGAAUUGAUAUUUAA